AUGUUGGAGAAAGUCGAGAAAGAUGCCGUGCUUACGGUUAAGGAGGUCUCCAAGGUCGGCCCCGUCAAGCUAGCGACCGUCACGCUGCCAUCCCUGGGGCAUGAGGCUGGUGAGGGCGGGCCGCUACUCCGAGCACUGCUGCUAGGCGCCGUUCGAAAAGCGCACAAGAGGACGAGGGACGCGGAGGAAAUGCGGAGGGACCGCGACAGAGCCAUCGAGGAGAAGGUCAGGGUGCAGGAACUGCUGGACUCCACCCUCAGGAACAAGGAAAAGACUGUCUCCAGCAUCCUGGAGCGAGCAGCCCUUGUCAUCAAUGCGAAGAAAGCACGCAUCACGACUCUCGAGUUCGAAAUUCAGCAACUGGAGCAGAGCGGCAGGGGCGACUCAGAGGGAGGCGAAGACGCAUCCUCCGGUUACGACAGCAACGUUGACGACGAGUACAGAGACGAAAGCAAGGGUGGUCGGGAGGGAGAUGGCGAUCCGGGUGACGAGGGUACCCCUCCCCCCGGAAACGGUAAGGGCAAGGUCAAGGGAAAAGGCAAGGCGGCAAACGCUCAACCUCGAGGUGCCGGCGUUACUCCUGCGGCCGUUUCCUCGAAACCGAACGACACGGAUGCAGGAAGGGUGACAACAGGAGGGGGACAAAAGGGGGUGGGUGGGUCUCCUAGCGGAAAGGGCGGCGGUGCUGGUCGAGGUGGGGUCAAGGUGAAGGUCAAGACGGAGCCUGGGUUUAUGGGGGCCGGGGGAGGUGCUCUCGCGGUGCCGAUUGGAACACAGGAAGUAUCGGGUGAGGACCUCUCGAAAGUCGUGGAAGCCACAAUCAAGCUUGAGGGAAACGACGGUCGUGACGGCAGCGGGGCCAAUCGAAAACGCUCCCGGCCGCAAGGCUCGGUGCCACCGUCUCCGAACGAGCAGGGAUUCCGCGACUCAGACGCCGCUGGCGGCGACAGCGGCAGCGGUGGUAGACGUGGCGGUGCCCGUGAAGCGGCCAUGUACCUCGGAAGUGAUGACGACGAAGGUAUAGACGAAGAUCGGACACCCGCGAAAUCGCGGAGAAGGGUUCGGAAGAAACCUGCUGCAUCGACCGCUAAUACCGAAGGGGGUGGGGGCGGCGAUGGCAACCACGGCUCAGGAGGAGCGGCGGCGGCGGUGCCAGUGGAUAGCCGGCCGACACAGACCACAUUUGCAUGGACAGAUAUGCUGGGUGACGACGACAACUCGGACGACUUGGAUGGCAUGCGCUAA